AUGCAAGGCAGACGCUAUCGAAAAUGCUUCCGUUUCAUGCUAUUAUGCUGUACAGUGGUGGCCGCAUGGAGUGUGAUUCAGGGAAGCAGGCGCAGAUUGAGAGGUACAGAUUCAUUUGGGUACUCAAGUCUGGAUGGUAAACAGGAUAGCGUUUUUGUUGAAGGGUGUUUAGACCCAACAUGGUAUCGAGAGCAGCUCGAGUACAGUGCCCAGAAUGCGACCUUUGUGAUGCUGACGCGAAACGAGGACAUUGAAGGUGUUUUGAAGUCUUUGCACAGCAUCGAGCGGCACUUCAACCAAUGGUACCAAUAUCCUUAUGUGUUUCUGAACGACGCGCCAUUUACGCCCGAGUUUGUACAGUUAGUCAAAACUGCAACGCGCGCAGAAACGCAUUUUGGAGUUUUGAGUGUUGCUGAAUGGGAAUUCCCGCCAAGCGUACGCGAGCAAUCGAUAUUCCAGGAAAGUAUAGACGAUCAAGGCGAUCGUGGUAUUAUGUACGGGAACAUGGAGUCCUAUCAUAAGAUGUGUCGGUUUUUCGCGGGAGCCUUUUAUCAGCACCCGCUGGUUCGUCAAUACGAAUGGUACUGGCGGCUGGAGCCCGACGUGGAGUUUUUCUGCGACCUCACUUACGACCCCUUUUUCGAGAUGCAUCGUCGUGGCAAGAAAUACGGUUUCACCGUGCUGAUCAAGGAACUGUAUUGGACAGUACCGAACCUGUUUCGCUUCACACGCAGCUUCAUAAGACAAAAUAAUGUGGAAGUUGGUAAUCUAUGGCGCCUCUUUGUCCAAGGUUACAACGUUUUCUCCGACGACGACCUUUUGGACAAGCUUGUCAACUACGACCACGAGAUACAGCCGGAACUGGAGAAGGACGACAAAAUCAAACAGCUGCUCGUAGACUUGAAAUAUAGAAAGUCUGAGGAACUCGACAGGGACGCCACAAGACUUUUGAUUGAACGUGCGUCGAGGAAGAUACCCGUGGUGGAGGAUAAAUUUGACAACGAGGAAUUCAACCUGUGUCAUUUUUGGAGCAAUUUUGAGAUUGCCCGCGUGGAUCUGUUCAGUGAGGGCCUGUACGCAAAGUAUUUUGAAUUUCUAGAGGCAAGUGGUGGAUUUUGGACAGAGCGUUGGGGAGAUGCUCCGGUGCACUCGUUGGGGCUUGGAAUAGUCCUAGACGUAGCCGACGUGCACUACUUCCGAGACAUUGGUUACCAGCAUUCCACUCUGGUGCAUUGCCCUAUAAACAAAGCCGGAUCGCAACUACCGUACGCCGAGAACCCAGCUUACUCCGAUAUCCUGCGUCCGCGCGGCGAUGUGGCAGGCAAGCUUGCGGGAAUGACGUGGACGGCGGAGCCGGCAGAGGACUUCGGCGUCGGCUGUCGGUGCGAGUGCCCCAGGCAGAGAGACAUCGAGGAUACCGACCAAUGCUUCAACUUAUGGUACGACAUUACUCGCGACGCCUGA